UUGACCUUUCAAUCGUGGCACUCCUCACCAUCCACCUGCGUGAUUGGUCCUUUGGCGGCCGCGGGAGCCACACAACUCUCCAUCUGUCCACCGGGAACCCCUCGGACGGCGGUUUUGGGCGGUGCUCCUGGCAAUGUCUCCUCGUCAUCUGCAUCCGAAACUUUCUUCUUCUGUCCACAUAGCUCUUACUGUUGCUUCAAAGCUCGUUGCCGGCAGGGCCUACGCGUUCAUCUCAGGCGUGUUCAUCCGGUCGUCUCGGAUUCGGAUGUCUAUGCUUGUCACCUAUGCCAAUUUCGAACACAGAGAAGUUCAGAGCUAUCGAGGCAUCUGAUUCGUUCGCACAAGCUCCAGCGUCCUUCUGGACACGCUCGGUUCACCUACACACCCUGUCCGGACGGUCUCUUUCGUCUCCAACUGACCAGGCUAGACUCUGUGGAGGUUGCCAGGGCUCUGCUCGGUCCUCAGGCUGUUGACGAGCUCAUUGAACACGCCAGCCAGACAAUCUGA